UUCAGUGUUUCCAUGGCGAUCCAGCUGACUUCUGAGUGACACUUUGGAUUUUAACAGAAUUUUUUAUCAUUAUUUGUGAUUUUUUGAUUUCAGAGGAUUUGGUUUCUUCAUCAGGAUGAUGAUGAACGACCGUUGGACCAUCAUGAACAACAGCGCAUCAGAGCUGGACAGCAAACAGCAUCGACACAAGAAGUGUUGUAGGUUCCUGUUGUGGUUGGUUGUUGUGCUGGUUGCCAUAGCAGCAGUUGUCGGGGUGACUGUCACCAUCCUCUACCUCAACCACUAUCCACUGCCCUUCAUCAGCAGGGAUGGACUCGCCUUUUCAGGAGCUCCGCCCAUCAUCUCAACCAAUCCGAAAGAGAGCGGUGCUUUAGUAACAGUCUCCCGUGGUGACGGAGAGCCAAUCAGCAUCUUCUUGGAUCCCAACUGCCCUGACUACAGCGACAACUUCCUGCGCUGGGAGGAAGUGCAGAGCUCCCUGCUCAGAGCCCUGACCAAUCAGAACGCAGACGACUGGCAGGAAAGGGGAUUGGUCCGGAAACUGGAGGAGGAGCUUAAGGUUCUGUCAGGCCACACCCACAGUCUGCGUCUGGAAGCUGAUUCGCUGAAAAGAGGACAAGGAAGUCUGGGACAGCGACUGGACUCACUGCAGAGCGAACAGAGCCAAAUGAUACAGCUGCUGUCAGACAGACAGGCAGGUGUGAUGAAGCUGCUGGGGGGGAUCGGUGAUUCCCUGCUCGGCCUGCAGAGGGAGGCAGAGAGUCUGAAGAGGCUGAAGACUGAACUGCAGAAACCAACCAACAUGUGGCAGGCCCGAGCCCUCAGGCCCAGGGACUGCAGUGAGGUCUUGGCGGCGGGCGGCUCGCAGGACGGGGUGUACUCUGUGUUCCCCACACACGACCCGGCCGGCUUCAUGGUGUCCUGCGACAUGACCACCGAGGGGGGGGGCUGGACUGUGAUCCAGAGGAGGGAGGACGGUUCAGUGAAUUUUUUUCGUGACUGGUCGGCGUACCGGGACGGCUUCGGCAAAAUCACUGGAGAGCACUGGCUAGGUCUCCAGAGGAUGUACUCCCUCAGCAGGUCAGGAGGUUAUGAGCUGCGUAUCGACUUGGCUGACUUUGACAACGCCACGGCGUUUGCUCGUUACGGCGUCUUCGCCGUGGGCGGAGACUCGGUGAACGCCGAGGAGGACGGCUACCCGCUGACCGUGGAUCAGUACUCCGGGACCGCAGGUGAUUCUCUCCUGAAGCAUUCUGGGAUGCGGUUCACCACCAGGGACCGGGACCAGGACCAGUCGGAGAACAACUGUGCGGCGUACUACCAGGGGGCGUGGUGGUACCGCAACUGCCACACCUCCAACCUGAACGGCCAGUACCUGCGGGGAGGCCACGCCUCCUACGCAGACGGCGUGGAGUGGUCCAGCUGGACGGGCUGGCAGUACUCGCUGAGGUUCACCGAGAUGAAGAUCCGCCCCCGCAGGGACCCCGACCCCUGACCCCCGACUGACCCCUGACCCCUGACCCCCGACUGACC